UCACAGCCAGGUAACCCUGGAGUGAAGCAGGUUAGUUAGAAGGGGGCAGAUAAACUCGUCAUUCUAGUGGCUUUAACCCUCACCCUGAGGCGCCUUAGCAACCAGUCAUUGCCUGCAAGCCUCUAAAGCUUGUCUUUGCCUCAUAUGGAGCCCAAAGAAGCCACUGGAAAAGAAAACAUGGUCACCAAGAAAAAGAAUCUGGCCUUCCUGAGGUCCAGACUCUAUAUGUUGGAGAGAAGGAAGACUGACACUGUGGUUGACAGCAGUGUUUCUGGGGACCACUCUGGCACCUUGAGGAGGAGCCAAUCUGACAGGACCGAAUACAACCAGAAAUUACAAGAAAAGAUGACUCCACAGGGUGAGUGUUCUGUAGCUGAGACCUUAACCUCAGAGGAAGAGCAUCAAAUGAAGAGGAUGAUGGCAAAGCGGGAAAAGAUCAUCAAGGAGCUGAUACAGACGGAAAAGGAUUAUCUCAAUGAUCUAGAGCUGUGUGUUAGGGAAGUGAUUCAGCCCCUGAGAAAUAAAAAGAUUGAUAGGCUGGAUGUGGAUAGCUUGUUUAGCAACAUUGAGUCCGUGCAUCAGAUAUCAGCCAAGCUGCUGUCAUUGUUGGAAGAGGCCACAACAGACGUGGAACCGGCCAUGCAAGUAAUUGGAGAAGUAUUCUUGCAGAUUAAAGGGCCACUGGAAGAUAUUUAUAAAAUUUACUGCUAUCAGCAUGAUGAAGCACGUAGUAUACUGGAGUCCUAUGAAAAGGAAGAAGAGCUGAAGGAACAUUUGAGCCACUGUAUCCAGUCCUUAAAGAAAAUAUACAUGCAAGAAGGCAAACCAAACUUACUGGACAUGGGCUCUUUGAUGAUCAAACCAAUUCAACGUGUGAUGAAAUACCCCCUAUUACUGUGCGAACUUCGGAAUUCCACCCCUCCCUCUCACCCAGAUUACAGAGCACUGGAUGAUGCUUUUGCUGCUGUGAAGGACAUUAAUGUUAACAUCAAUGAACUUAAAAGAAGGAAAGAUUUAGUUCUAAAAUACAAGAAGAAUGACGAGGAUGAAUCACUUAAAGACAAAUUGUCUAAACUAAAUAUUCAUUCAAUUAGCAAGAAAUCAAAAAGAGUGACAAAUCAUUUGAAGAUUCUGACCAGAGGAGAAUCACAGGUUAAAGACAAUACCUUUAACAGAGAAGAAAAGCUGUUUAGAGCUUUAGAAAAGACUGUGAGGCUUUGUGUGAAGAACAUUUCACUCUGUCUUCAACACAUACAGGAUGCCAUGCCCCUGGCUCUGCAGAGUGUAAUGGACCUUCAGGAGAUUUCAUACAACAAAGACGAUGAGAUGGGCUAUUCUGAGACCCUAAGUAAUGCCUUAAAUUCGUGUCAUGACUUUGCAUCUCACUUACAGAGACUCAUCCUGACGCCCUUGUCAGCCCUGCUGUCCUUAUUCCCAGGGCCUCACAAGCUCAUCCAGAAACGCUAUGACAAACUGCUGGAUUGCAACAGCUACCUGCAGCGAUCAGCAGGAGAGGAGUCAGACUUGGCCAAAAAGGAGUAUGAAGCCCUCAAUGCCCAGCUUGUGGAGGAGCUCCAGGCGUUCAACCAGGCUGCUCGGAAGAUUCUGUUGAACUGUCUGUGCAGCUUUAUCACCCUCCUUAGGGACCUGAUGCUCAUGGCACAGCAGGCUUACUCCACACUUGUGCCGGUGCCACUGUUGGUUUCAAGCAUUUCUGAGAUUCAGAAUCAAGUACUAGAAGAGGUCCAAAAUUUGAAUUGUGUGAAAGAAAACAGUGCCACCUUUAUUGAGAGGAAACUCAGUUUUGAAAAGAAGAAGCCUGUGCAGAUUCUGCCAGAAAUGCCACGUCAAACUGAUAUUCAUCGCUCCAAACUUCUAUCCACAUAUAGUGCAGAGGAACUCUAUCAAGCUAAGCGCAAGUGCAAUGCUACACAAGAAUAUGACAUCAAUCUUCUGGAAGGAGAGUUGGUGGCUGUGAUAGAACAGAAAGAUCCACUGGGGAGUACAAGCAGGUGGCUUGUGGACACAGGAAAUGUGAAAGGAUAUGUUUAUUCCUCCUUCCUAAAACCCUACAAUCCAGCAAAAAUGCAGAAAGUGGAUACUGAGAACAGGUUCUGUGAUGAUGAUUUUGAGAACAUCAGCCUCUUUGUGUCUUCUCGGCCAGCUAGUGACAGUGUCACAGGCACCUCAGAAAGCAGCAUUGGUGAUAGCAGCUCAUCUCUUAGUGGCACAUGUGGAAAGUUUGAAACAAAUGGUACUGAUGUUGACAGUUUUCAAGAAGUAGACGAACAGAUUUUCUAUGCAGUUCAUGCUUUUCAAGCACGGAGUGACCAUGAACUCAGCCUUCAGGAAUAUCAGAGAGUUCAUAUACUUAGGUUUUGUGACCUAAGUGGCAAUAAAGAGUGGUGGUUAGCUGAAGCUCAAGGGCAGAAAGGAUAUGUGCCCGCUAACUACCUUGGAAAGAUGACUUAUGCUUAA